AUGACAAUUCCGACGUACUCGGGAUACUCUGAUAGAAAGUCGGUAGCUGACUUCCUAUUGGAGAUGGAGACCUAUCAGGUUGCAUCUAGAGCGUCCGACGAGGUAGUGCUAGGGCAGGUCUUGCCAGUAGCUCUAGUGGGGGACGCCGCCCGAUGGCGAAGGCUGCAGAAGCCUUUCACCUCGAUGGCGGACUUCCGGCAGCGUUUUAGGGAGGAAUUUUUGCCACCCGACUACGCAAUGCGUGUGCGCGAAGAGUUAGCUUUUCGCACACAGCACGCCGACGAGAGUCUCAUUGAAUUUGUGCGCGCAAUUCAAGAGCUCUUCGAUAGGGCCGACCCGACGGCCACAGAUCAGGAUAAGGUUUCGCGUGUUAUACGGCAGAGCCAUCCCAGCUUCCGUCCGUAUCUACGGGGGCGAAAUUUCGAGAAUCUUGAUGCGCUUGCACGAGAGGCUCGUGUGAUUCAGGCUGAUUUAUUGUCUGAAUUGCGGUACCAACCUCCACCGCGCCCGGAACUAUCAGUUGAGCCGGGUUGCGCUUGGGCGGGUGUGAAGGACUCCGUUCCACGGGGAAGGGAAGCGACGUCCUUGGUUGCGGACGCGGGAAGCCGGUCGGACGUCAUCGUCCCGCCGCGCUCCCUGGAUCCUUUCUCCUUCGAACAGAGGCGCCGUGCGGGGUUUGGCGAAAACUCACGCGGCGGUCCGAGGAGUGGAACAUCCACUGCUCGGAGGGUUCAGGAUAGGCAGAACCAGGUAGAGAGGGACCCCAGUAGCAGAAUGCCACAGGCGGACCGCGGGCGGGCGCAGCCCAGAUGCUAUGGCUGUAAUCAACCAGGGCAUUACAAGCGUGACUGUCCUGUGCGUCGGGGAAAUUUCCGGUCGGCGCAGGGAAACUAG